AUGUCGAUUUUUGAAAAAUACAUAGUGGCUGCGGAUGAAUUAAUCAGCUUUGAGGUUAUGCUUAAAGCUGAAGAUUUUUCUAGUUAUACGGACGAUGCUUUUGAUUUUGAAAGAUCAGAAUUAGAUAAAUCAUGGGAAAAUUAUAAAAGCAUUUAUAGUGAUUGUUCUGAUGUCACAAUAGAAAAAAAGAAAGAAUUGUUAAUGGUACAAACAAAGCAUCCGCAGGUCCGCAAGACAUAUAUAAGAUGUAUAAACAUUAUUUCCAAAGCAAAAGCAAACUUAGGUAAAAAAACUGAAGAAAAUGUAGAAUCAGCAGUUCCCAAUCUUUGUGGUUCCAUAUCCGUACCUCCUUGUGAUACUGGUGUUUUUCAUGGGGAUUACGUUUCGUGGCCCACAUUUAGAGAUAUGUUUACUGCGAUUUACAUAAACAAUACAAGACUUAGCCCAGUAGAAAAGUUAUUUUACUUGUUCAGAAAAACUGAUGGUGAGGCUAGAGAUAUAAAUAGGAAUGUAGCUCUAACAGGAGAAAAUUUUGAAAUUGCAUGGAAAAAUCUAAUAACUCAAUAUGAAAAUAAACGUGUAUUAAUAAAUAGUCAAUUGAAAAUAUUGUUUAAUCUGACUCCCUGUAAUCAAGAUUCAGCAUCAGAGAUAAAAAGACUCCAAAGAGAAAUCAACAAUUGUAUGGCAAUUUUAAAAUUGUAUAAUGUUGAUAUUGGUUCAUGGGAUCCGAUAUUUGUGUUUCAAUGCUCUUCGCGCUUAUCUGAAUGUUCACUGAAUCUUUGGGAACAAUCGGUUAGAAAUAAAACAGAGGUUCCCAAAUGGGAAGAAUUAAACAAUUUUUUAACAGAUAGAUUUCAUGCUCUAGAAAGCGUUUCUGAUAUUAUAUCCUCGAAUAAUACGCAUCCCAGUGGUUCCCAAUCGGCACUUAAUAGUAACAAUAACCAUACAUCAACUAAAGUAAAACAAUUUAAGGCCCAUAAUACUAAAGUUGAAACCAUUUUUUGCAAAUUAUGCAAAGAAAACCAUAAAAUCAGCUCCUGUACCAGAUUUUUGAAUAUGGAUUAUAGAAAUCGUGUUUCAACUUUGAAAAAAUUUCGUUAUUGUUUUAAUUGCCUCAACAUUGGACAUAUGUAUGGUGAUUGUAGUAGCACAAACGGUUGCUCCAAGUGCAAAAGGAAGCACCAUACUUUAAUGCAUAGGGAUUUUGUAAAUAAAAACAAUAAUAGCCAAAAUCAAGGAAAUACUAGAUUUCAGGGCGAAAGUCAAAAUAGUUCUGUCCAACAAAUACAGUCCACAAAUACAAAUCAAUUACAGUCCACUAAUAUCGCAGGUCCGUCUGGUGUUGUUCAGUCACAUCACACAUCAGUAGCUAAGAAAGUGAUGUUGGCUACAGCUUGGGUCAAUAUAAUUAGUUGUGGUUCCUAUUACAAAGUUCGAGCACUCAUAGAUCCUUGUUCGGAUGAAAGUUUUGUUUCUCAGAGAAUACAAACUGUAUUGAAGUUGCCCACUAAGCCAGUUUCCGCAGAAAUUACUGGUUUAGGAGGAGAAUUAGCGUUAGUAGUUCCUCGUGUAACAGGGAAUGUACCUACACAUUCAUUUAAGCCACAAAAGAAUACAGAUUUGCCCAAUCUGAAUUAUGCUGACCCUAAGUUUUAUGAAAGUAGCGAAAUAGACUUAUUGUUAGGAGGAGAUUUGUAUCCCCUAAUUCUUCGUGAUGGAGUUCAACAUGGAAUUUUCGAAUCUUUAGUGGCCCAAGAGACAAUUUUUGGCUGGAUUUUAACAAAGUUUUGGGAGUUAGAAGAAGUUUCUCGUAGAAAGAUUUUAUCAGAAGAGGAUAAAAAAUGUGAAGAGAUCUAUCGUUCUACUACCACAAGAAAUUCUGAAGGAAGAUAUAUAGUAUGUUUGCCCUUUAAAGAUACUUUUUCGUCACUUGGCCCAAAUCGUCAUAUUGCUCUUAGUCAAUAUUUAAGAAAUGAAAAGGUUUUAAUGCGAAAUCCUGAAUUUAAGGCUCAAUAUGAUGAGGUCCUAAAAGAAUAUAUAGCUUUGGGACAUAUGGAAAAAAUUACAAAUUCUGAAAGUAGCUCAAGUUAUUACUUACCUCAUCAUGGAGUUUUUAAGCCUGACAGUACCACUACAAAGUUAAGAAUUGUUUUUAACGCUUCAAGUGCUUCUUCUAAUGGUAACAGUCUUAACGAUUUGCUGUUUGUAGGCCCUAUAUUACAAGCUGAUUUAGUAGCCCUAAUUCUAAAAUGGCGUUUCUUUCAGUUUGUCUUCAAUGCAGAUAUAUCUAAAAUGUAUCGACAAAUUUUACUUAAAUCUGAACAUAGACAGUAUCAGAAGAUAGUUUUUCGUAGUUCUGGGGAAAAUAAAAUCGAAGAUUAUCAAUUGAACACCGUCACUUUUGGCGUUAAUUGUGCCCCAUUUUUGGCCCUAAGAACGCUUUUACAGUUAGCUGACGAUGAAGAACGAUGUUUUCCGCUAGGCUCUAGAAUUCUUCGCGAGUCAAUGUAUGUUGAUGAUGCUCUUGUUGGAGCUCAUUCGAUCCCUGAUGCUUUGGAGGCACGAGACCAAUUAAUUGGUAUAUUGGGUACAGCUGGGUUUGAGUUGAGAAAAUGGGCCUCAAACUCUAAACAAAUUUUAAAAAAUUUGCCCCAAGAGCAUCUUCUUAACUCUUCCUUUUUGUCGCUCGAUGAUAAAAGUAAUGCUAAAACACUCGGUGUCCGUUGGAAUGCGGCAGAAGAUUACUUUUAUUUUACAACUGAGAAGAUUAAGUUCAAAACAGCUUAUACAAAGAGGGAAGUACUCUCAAUUAUAGCAAGGCUAUUUGAUCCAGCAGGUUGGUUGGCCCCAGUGAUUAUAACAGCAAAGAUUUUGAUGCAGCAAAUGUGGCUCGACAAAAUAGACUGGGACGAACAUAUAAAACCUGUGGCUCUACAAAAAUGGAAGACAUUCAUUUCUAAUUAUAAUGAGAUUGAUACAAUUAAACUUGAUCGUUGGGUUCAAUAUACGCCUAGUUCUUAUAUUGAAUUUCAUGGCUUUUGUGACUCUUCUGAGUUAGCUUACGCAGCUACACUAUAUAUACGUAUUGUGAAUGGUGAUAAAGUUUAUGUAAAUCUACUAAUUGGCAAAACAAAAGUGGCUCCAGUUAAAAGGCCAUCUUUGCCGCGUUUAGAGUUGUGUGGCGCAGUUCUUUUAGCCAAUUUAGUAAACAGCGUAAUCCCCAAUUUCAAAUUGCAUACGUAUAACUUAUAUUUGUGGUCCGAUUCGACAAUAGUUCUUGCUUGGUUACGAAAACCGCCAUGUAAUUGGAAAACCUUUGUGGCAAAUAGGGUAGCAACAAUAUUAGAAAAAGUAGGAAACAAAAAUUGGUUUCACGUAGCUUCUAAUCACAAUCCUGCCGAUCUAGCAACCCGGGGGCUGAUACCUUCGGAUUUAAGAGAAAACAAACUUUGGUGGCAUGGUCCUGAUUGGCUCAGAUUAAACAAAUCGUCGUGGCCCGAAGGUCCAUUAGAAUUCGAAACAGUAGAAGAAUCGAAACAAGUCCAAGUUAAUAUUGCUAGAUCCGCUGAACGAGAAGAUAUACUGGACCGUUUCUCAAGUUUGCCCAGAGCAUAUCAUGUUAUUGCUUAUAUAUUUAGAUUUUUUAAUCUUGCGAGCAAAAGCAGACGUAAAAGCUGUAAUUACGAAACUGUUAGAAUUUCGGCUCAAGAACUUGUAUUUGUACGAAAUCGGCUAUUUUUUCUCUCUCAACAGUCGCACUUUUCUAGUGAGUUUAGUUGUUUAUCAUCGAAACGGAAAAUUGACUCUCGCAGUUCUUUAUUAACGCUUACGCCUUUCUUAGACAAAAAUGGUAUUAUUCGUGCUAAUGGUCGUCUUGGGUCUACAAAAUGUUUGUCGUAUAAUGAACGUCAUCCCAUAAUACUUGCUUAUGGCAGUAGAUUAGCACGUCUAUACGUUGAGUUUGUCCACUAUUUGGUCUUACAUGGUGGCCCUCGUUUAGUCCUAAAUGUCGUUCGUCAGGAGUGUUGGAUUAUAAAGGCUAAAAAUCUAAUAAAAACGGUCAUCCACAACUGUAAAAUCUGCGUUAUACAUAGAAAAAAGCUUCAAAAUCAGAUCAUGGCAGUGCUACCUGAAGAAAGAACUACUUUAAGUCGCCCUUUUACUAACACAGGUGUUGAUUUUGCCGGCCCAUUUGAAAUCAAAAGUUUCACUGGUCGAUAUUGCCGUAUCACUAAAGGCUACGUGUGUCUAUUUGUUUGUUUCUCUACUAAGGCGAUUCACAUUGAGGCCGUUAGCGAUUUGUCCACUCCUGCAUUUCUAGCAGCUUUGGCUCGAUUUGUUGCUCGUCGUGGUUGCCCUAGUCGCAUUUUCUCUGAUAAUGGAAGAAAUUUUGUUGGCGCUGCAAGAGAACUUGAAAAUAACUUCGAAAAACAUAUAGAAGAAUUACGUGAUUCGGCAGUAGAAAAAUAUGGUCAUCAACAUCUUGAGUGGCACUUUAUUCCUGCAGCAGCUCCUCAUAUGGGAGGACUGUGGGAGGCAGGAGUAAAAAGUUUGAAAAUGCACUUUAAAAAGUCAGCUGGACAAAUGAAAUAUACGUUUGAAGAGUUUUCGACAAUUUUGGCAAAGAUAGAAUCGUGUCUCAAUUCGCGUCCUCUUGGCCCUACGUCCGACAGCAUCGAUGAUUUGUCCGCUCUUACUCCUGGUCAUUUUUUAAUAGGCUCUGCUAUUCUUACUCCUGCUGAACCUGAAGAGCUUAGCUCGCCAAUUAGUAUAGUAAACCGUUGGCGAAAAAUCAAAGCAUUGCAGCAAGAAAUUUGUCACCGCUGGAAAGACGAAUAUUUAAAAGAGUUGCACAAGCGUAAUAAAUGGAAAAGUCCCCAAAUAGACUUAAAAGAAAAUGACCUCGUUGUUCUUAAAAGUGAACCUUGUUGUCCAACUGAAUGGCGCUUAGGUCGUGUUGUAAAAGUUUAUCAUGGUUCUGACGGUAAAGUUCGAGUGGCUGACCUUAAAACUCAAAAUGGCGGCCGUAUUUGGUUUCCCAUGACAGCGUUGAUACGGGUAGUCACCAAUCAUGAUACUGACGUCUUCAUUAGAGCAUUAAUAGAUCCAACAGCGGCCAGGUCAGCAAUCAUGAAACGUGAAGUCGAAGAAUUGGGCUUACGGAUUUCUAAAGGACGUACUGACAUCGUUGUAUACCAUCGUCGCGAGGAGAAACGUCGCAUAACGGUUGAAUGUAUUUUAGAAGACAAGAUUUACGGCCGUAGCCCUAUUGUUAAUGUGGAGCGAGCAGACAAAUAUCCACGUCCAACAACUGUAGACCGUGCCAAUGCGGACGUACACUGUAUACGUGUAUCUUGGGCUCCAGUUGCUCUGAAGUACAACUUUGACACAACAGCUAUAACACACAACAGAAACGCCAGUAAUAAUCUAAACAACAUCAAUAACAACAGCGCAAUAUACAAUACAAAUACAGGCAAAUCCCGAAACAACACUAUCAGUAGCAGUAAAUCCAACCACAACAAGGUUAAGAACAUCAUCAGCAGUUAUCAUCAGCAGCAACACCAACCACAACAACGUUAG